AUGACGAAAGUGAAAGGCCAGUUGUCCAGAAAAAGACUCAAAACCCUGCCGAUAAUGCGACUCUUACCAAAGGGCGUUCCCUAUACUCUGCAGUAUCCAGAUGGUGGUAUGGCAAGACAACAGAAAAACCGGCUGUUAAUGUACGUUUACCUCAAUCAAACUGGAAAUAAAUCAAAUAUUUCGGAAAUUGAUGAAUUUGAUGUCGCCAAUAAAACAUUUCUCAUUCGCCAUGAUGGAAUGCCAAGUACUGGAGAUGCAUUUCUUCCUGAAGAAGAUAACAACGGAAGUAAUGGAACUGCAAUUAAAAAAAGAAUCACUUAUAAAUACGUUUACCUCAAUCAAACGGGAACUAAGUCAAAUAUUUCGGAAACUGAUGGAACCAUCGAUGAUGGAGGCCAUAGCACUGCAGAGGUCAAUGCCACCAUGCAAUUGAACUUCAGCGAAAUCCAAGGAACUCGAGAUGAAUUCACCCCUGAAGAUUCUGGGCAAAAUAAGGUUUUGAACAAAACGAUUCCCACGAACCACAUCCAACUAAACGGUACAAGAGAUGCGGUCGUAUCCGAUGACAAAGUUGUCACAAAUAUGACAAGUUUACUUCUUAGCUAUGAUGGGUUACAAGGCACUGGAGACGAGUUUGUUAUGGAUGCUGAAGGCAAUAAAGUUUCUAAUAGAAAAAAUGUUGUGAAGAAUUCUGUGAAAAAUACUGAAAUCAAUUCAACCACAAUUGUUCUCAAUAACGUUAGCCGAAACACAACUUCAACAGUCAUGAGUACGGCAGUUUUACUCCGUCACGAUGGACUUCAAGGCACUGGAGAUGAAUUCGUACCGGAAGAUGCGGAACGCAAAGUUAUCUCAGAUACAACAACUGCCGCUGUCAACACGAGUAAAAUUAAGGACAACAGAAAUGCCACGUCUGCAAUCGCAAACGAGACAAUUUCCACAAACAACACUACAGUUAUUAAAUCAACUGUAAUCAGCUACGGCGCCUUGGAAGGUGGUGGCGACACAUUCUCACCGGAUAACUCAGACAAUAAUAAUAAAGUUGUGAACAAAACAAUUAUAAAUUCCAACAUUUUAGUCCAUUCUUCUACAAGUUUGAAUGAAAUUGACUCGUCUAAACACAACCGUAAUGAUGCACACAAUUUAGAAGAAACUCUUAUACUAAACUAUGAUGAUCAAAACGUUGAAGACAUUUUAGGAGGCGAUUUUCAUAAAAACGACUCCACUUGGAUAGAAAAAAAUGUUGGUAGUAAAAAAACAAGCCACAAAAAAUCAUCGCAUGAUCUAAAACCCCAGAUGAAUUCAUUGGAUAUAACUGAAAUGCAGGACGCUAAUGACGAAAUGCUUGAAACACACUUCACAAAUAGUUCAGUUUAUAAACACAAUUUCAAUUUUACAACUAACUUGAACCAUUCGAUAGCAAGACGUGUGCAAGAACAAGAACAAAAUGAACUAAUCCGAACUACUGGUUCCCAUAGCCAAUCAGGCAACGAGGACAACUCGGAAGAAAUGUUUUUGUCAAAUCAGGUAAACCAUGAAGUAUCAACGAUGGAUGACGAAUUUGCAGCCAGCAACGAAAUUGAUCGCACUUCCAUGAAUAUUGAAAGCCUUGAAGUAAUACAAUCAAAAUUUACUAGCAGCCACAAUUCAACAAAAACUGAAAUAAAAAAUGUCAAAAUAAUUUCGUCUGACAAGAAAAAUAGUAAGCAAAUACAUAAAGAGCGGAAAAAUAACCAAACAAAGAAGAGUUUAAAAAAGACUCAAUCCUCCAAGAAAUCUACCAGCAAAAGUAAACUAAACAAGCCACAAGAUAAGGUAGCAUCGCAACAAAAAUAUAAAGGGAAAGGUAUUGUUCCCAAGAUUGAUGCAAGUUUAAGCACGAAACAGAUUUCCAAAUCAAAGAUGAAUCACACCACAGAAACAAAUGAGACUGAUUUGAAUGCCAUCGAUGAGAAUUUUAGGCUUAAUAAAACCAAUGCUAUGAACACAGUGAUAAAUUCAACGCUGCCUAAAAGCAAGUCAAAACCUCGGAGAAAGUGUCGAAAGCGUAAAAAGAUUUCCACGACUACUUCAGCUCCUGUAAAAAGAUGA